UUGAAUUUCAAUUAUAACACAUCACUUCAUUUUUAUAGGGUUUAUGUUUUUAUUGGAUUAAAUCCCUAAAAAUCCCACUUCCUCCCUGCCGUUCGUUGUUCUCAUCGUCGUCUUCGUCUACGUCUCCUCAUCCUUCAACCCUAAAAGCGUGAAUUCUUCGUUGCUAUCACCACCAUGGUACGCUCGAAGCCGCCUUCCAAGAAGCCCAACAGGGGCGUCGACUUCAAGAAAAUCAAACGCAAGAUUGGGAAGAAGCUGCCUCCUCCCAAGAAUCAGACCAGCACUGAGAUAAAGUCUAAAGCCAUUGUUCUUCCGGAGCAGAGUGUGGCUUCGGAGAGGUCCGGCAUGGCUGUUAAUAAGAAGGGAUUGACUCUUAGAGAACUCCUCCAACAAACUUCCCAUCAUAAUGCUAAGAUUCGGAAAGUUGCCUUAAAUGGUAUUAGGGAUCUUGUUCUGAAACACCCGUCAGAGCUUAAACUCCAAAAGCUUUCCAUCAUAGAGAAGCUUCGAGAGCGAAUUUCCGACAGUGAUAAAUUGGUUCGAGAAACGCUAUAUAACCUUUUGAAAACAGUGAUUUUUCCUUCAUUAAAAGAGGAAUUUACUGGAUCAAUGAUCUCUAUGAUGAUGGCUUAUGUUUUCAAUGCAAUGACGCAUAUUGCAAUUGAUAUUCGUUUAAUGGCUUUCAAAUUUUUUGAACUCAUAGUUAUCAGCUUCCCAUCCUCAUUUCUCUUAUAUGCUGAAAAGGUUCUUGACAACUACGUUGAUAUUUUGAAAAACAACCAGAUCUAUUUACAGGACAAGAGCAAACUUAAAAGUGCUCUUGCUGGGCUUGUGCGCUGCUUAUCUUUGUUGGUGGACAGGGAGGAUAUAUUAUCAAAUAAAAGUAAAAUUUUAGAGCAUGAGUGCCUGCACAGUUAUGAGGUAGAGCUUCCCAAGGACCAUUCAGGAAUGCCUUCUGUUUUGAAGAGAAUAGAAGACCUUGUACCUUUAUUGGUGAACUCUUUCCAUGACUCUGCUUUAUCGAUUCAAGCAAUGCCUGUGAUUGAUGGGCAAUCAUUUGACUGCAUUCUAUGCACACUACAAAAUAUAAAUCUGGCAGUUAAAGUAUUUGUUGAUGAAAUAAACCGACCUCACAUGAGUCAUGAAUUUUCUUCUACUCUGCCAUCUAAUGGAACUAAGCUAAUGCCAAACACCAUGCUUAUGUAUUUAAAGAAAUUGGGGGAUUCAUUUCCUAUUGACAAAAUUUAUCACUCUGCUGAAAAGGAAGGGGAGAGAUUUUUCAUCUUGAAUCUUGGAAUUACUGAAAUCUUCCUGCACCUUAUUACCUGGAUUGAUGAUCCAAACCUUCUUGAGAAACUUCUUCAUUUCAUUGAAAGUUUUCUUCUUAAACAGGGCAGUCGUAAUUUGUCAGCUACUAAGACUAUUUUGGAAAAGCAAUUGGUAUCAAUUAUAUCUUUGUUCCCCAGAAUUGUGGCCAUUUCAAGUGAUUGGAGACUCCGACUUUUAGAGGCCUUCACAACUGCGUUCAGAAAUUGCAAGGUGGAGUCCACACAUUGUUUGGCAUAUUUAGCUGCCAUUGAGGAAAUGCUCAAGGAUGACUGUGCUUUUAAACCCUGUGAUCCGGACAUGUUAAGCUAUCAAAUUAUUUGGUUGCAAGAGCUGCCUAAUUUAUUGUUGAAGUUAGGUGAUAGGCAUCCUCCUUUGUCAAAGGUUAUUUUGAAACUUCUGCUUCAGAUUGGGCAAUGCUCCCCACAAAACUCUCCACUUGCUUCCGAAUAUAACCGCCUGCAAUGGCGAUUAAAAGAGUUUUAUGGUACCCAAGUUGUUGCAGGGUCUGUAAAUUAUGGACCAUUCAUUAAGCUCCGGACUGAUUGUCAGGAGCUUUCCAUAUGUUGUCUGUAUUAUUUUUCAACUUUGAAUUCGGAUCUGCUGCAGUCUAUCACCUGUUGUUGCUUAUGUAAUCAUUUGGAUCACUCUGUAUUAUUGCGGAUAAUAGAAGUUUUGGAGUCUGCAUUUAGAGCUGCUCAUCUGCCGAUCUCUGACUAUAUUGGGUUUUUGGUCACUUUAAUUGCUCGCUUUAAAGUUUAUCCUGGUAAGCUCACCUUCUGGCCUUGA